AUGUCGGCUCUCUCCCUGCGUGUUACCCGCCCAGCCAUGCGCGUCGCCCGCGUCGCUCGCGCUCCCCUCCCCACCCCUUCGAGGACAUUCACCACGUUCCUCCCGCUCGCCCGGCCACCCGCGUCCGCCAGCGUCGGUCUGCGCGCCGCGGCGCUGCGCGCACCGCUGCGUGCGGGUGGCAGGCGGUUUGCGUCGACAUCCGCGUCGGCAUCUACCUCGGCAUCCGCAGCGUCCACCGAGUCCAAGUCGGCCUACCAAAAGGUCAAGGACCUGACCAAGACGUACGGCUCGUACGCCGUGAUCAUGUACCUCGCGCUGUCGGCUGUGGACUUUGCGCUGUCGUUUGCGGUCGUGCACGCCGUCGGCGCCGAGCACAUUGAGCCCGGCGUGCACUUCCUCGUGCGCAAGUACCGCGAGGUCCGGCACGGCGUCGAGGGCGCGGACGCGCUGGACGCGGCCGACGAGGCCAACAAGCUCGCCGCGGCCGCCGAGGCCGCCGCGCAGGAGGCGGUCAACCCCGGUAAAGCGACGCCGUGGUACCUCAACAAGACGCUGUGGGCCGAGGCGACGCUCGCGUACGCGAUCCACAAGGUCGGCCUGCUGCCCAUCCGUGCGGGUCUGACGGUGGCGUGGACGCCCAAGGUGGUCAACUUUUUGCGUGCGCGCGGAUGGAUCGGCGCGUCGGGCGCUAAGCGUGCGGCCCAGCACGGCGCCGACAAGGUGCGCGAGGCGUCGCAGCGUGCCGUGACCGCUGCCAAGGGCGCUGCCAAGGGUGCUGUCAAGAGCAGCUAG